AAAUUCAGAUUUCUCAUGACAUACAUAACAUUGUAAAUGUUGAAGUAUCAAUUCUAAAACGUAUAAAUGGUAUAAAUAAAGGCAGUGGAAUUAUUAAAUUUUAUGGUCUAGCUAAAGAAAGCGAUGCAUUAUAUUUAGUUACGGAAUGGGCUGAAUUUGGAAAUUUAAAAGAAUAUUAUAGUAAACAUGGUUUAGGUUUUGAUUUAAAGUUGAAGUUUGCACUCGAUGUUGCGCGUGGAUUAAAUUUUUUAGCAUCGGCACAGAUCCUGCAUCAUGAUAUAAGAUCGGAAACUAUUUUAAUCACUAUCGAUAAAAAUGCGAAGAUUGCAUAUUUUGGAUUGAGUAGAGAGUUUACUGAAGCUACUAGAAAUAUUAGUUUUAAUGUCCAAAGCGUUCGAUAUAUGGCACCAGAGAAAUUGCUUAGCUCAAAACAUAUAUAUGACAUUAAAUGCGAGGUUUAUAGUUUCGGUAUGCUUCUAUGGGAAAUUGCAGAGCAAAAAAUUCCAUAUGCGGAUGAAAUAGAUAUUUCAAAAAUAAUUAUUAAGGUCACUAAAGAACAAUAUCGAGAAAAGUUUUCUCAAGGUGGAGUUCCUCAAGAAUGGAAAGACUUAGUAAAAGCGAUAUGGCAUCCGAAUCCAAAAUUUAGGCCUUCUUUUUCAGAAAUAUUUUCUAUUAUCCAAAAGUUAAGCGAACAAAAAACAUUUAAUUUAUCAGACACAACUGUCAACUCAACUGAUGAAUUUAAUAACCAAGAAUCUGAAAUUCCCUUCAAUUUUGAUGAACUUGACUGGCCAAAAUCAGAAAGAGAAAUACGUGAGAAAGAGGCUACGCAAUUAUUUAAAGAAGUAGCAGAUGAAGGAGAAGCAGAUGCACAGUUGAUGUAUGGUGAUUGCAUGUUUAACGGCGUGGGCACAAAUAAAGAUACGAUUAAAGCUUUAGAAUAUUACAGAAAGGCAGCUGAUAAUAAAAAUUCGAUUGCAAUGUAUAAAGUGGGAAACAUUUACUAUCAUGGAGAUGGAGUUAAUAAAGAUUUGGUAGAGGGUAAAAAAUUUUUAAGGUUAGCUGCUUAUAAUCAACAUCAGCAGGCCAUGGAAAU